AUGACGCAAUUGUACGAAGGCAUGGAGAAACCAUUUUUACCAAUGCUAAUAUCAAAUUGGAUUUUUGGUAUUGGCAUAAUUCAGUAUCCAAUGUGGAAACCACGAAAACUUUUUAGUUUUAUUUAUACUUCAAUGAUAUUGUCUUCGUUUUUGUAUCUUACUUAUUUGUCUUACCCUUAUUAUGCUUUUACAAAAGUAGCAAAAAUGAGCCCUAUAACCAAUGGAAUGUUUUACUAUGCUAACACUGCUGUGACGAUUAGUGUGCUUGUAGCAGGAUGGUUCCAGUCAAAAGGAUUACAGAAAUGCAUGGUGAGUGCAGCAGUGUCGAACUCGUUAUUACGAAAAAUAGGAAUACAAAGAGAUCACUCAAAAAUAUUGAAAAAAGAAUUAUUCAGAUUUCUAUCAUUAGCUGUUUACAUUCUCGCUGUUAUAACUGUCAACUGUGCAAUAACUGCUCAUCAUCGAGACUUAAAAACUGAAGAAAUUACUACUAUGUUUCUGCAAAAUUUUCCAAUUAUUGUUGUGUUUAUAGCUGACACAUCAUUUAAAAAUAUUUUAGGGUACGCAUAUUAUAAAUUUGAGAGUUUAAGUGAUAUGUUUCAAAAUUUAUUAACAAGUACGGAAAACAUACCUCUUUAUCGAGUACUUGCAAAUCAAGUUUUCACUACAAACGUAUAUUCUCGUGAUGAGAACACUGCUCAAAACAAAGAUUAUACCUUUAUCAUAAAAACGGGAAAACUAGUACACUUGGAGUUAGUCAAAUUAUGUCAAGAAGGAAAUAGAACUUAUGGAUUCCACAUUCUUACGUCUCUUGUGGUUGCUUUUACGAUGAUGAUAAAUGAUAUUUUCAAUAUUUAUACCAGCUUGACUUAUUCAGUUUCUAAUAAUAUAAAGCUCAAGGAAAUAUUGAGAAGUCUUAAUUGGUUCUUGUAUUUUUUUAUAAAGACGACGACUAAUUGUCAGUUUUAUACAACCGUUUGCCAAAGCGCUAAUAGAAUUGGCGACAUAAUUUGUGAAUUAUAUGAUGAGAAUUUCAUCAAUGCAAAUACGAAAGAAGAGAUUCGACGAUUCAACAUUAACUUGGUACAAAAUAAAUUAAAAUUAACAGCAUGCGGAAUGGUUAUCAUAGAUUUAACUCUCAUUCCAACUCUUCUCGUAUGCAAAAUGGCCUUGAUGGAGAACAAUAUUUUUAGUUCUGGCUAUAUGCAAACAGAAAUUUUACACUAA